UAGAAGUUUAAACCGCUCUGCAGCUGCGCAGUGAGCUCCUGCGCGCACAGCUGUACACAUUGACCCCAAAGCUUCAGAUGCGGAGGUUUGGACAAAGCAGACCUGAUUCAGAAAUGGAGACUUUUCUAAAGAUUGGCAGGUAGACAUCAGGCUUUUCUUCACCUCCACUGCUGCCAGUGUGAAGACGUAUUCCACCAACAGCAAGUGAACUCCAGCUGCCUCCUCCAAACCUGUUUCCCUACAUACCUCACUGCCUUGAGUCUUCAGUAUGUAUCAGAUUGUCCCGGUGGCUCCUGGGGAGCAGCAGAUGGUGGGGGGAGCUGGUGGUUCUCCCCUGAAGAAGAAGCUGGCUCAUGAGGGCCGGCCCCUGGUGAUGGCUGGCAUGUUAGGCUGUGUGCUGGUGCUGGCCGCUGUGGUUGCCUGGUGCUACUACUCAGCGUCCCUCCGUAAAGCUGAGCUGCUGAAGGCUGAACUUUUGGACCUCAACAAGGAUGGUUUUAUCAUCCACAACCAGGCGGGGGCUGUGAUCUUCAGUAUGACCUUCAGGUCCGGUACUCUGGAUCUGGACUCGUGCUCGAAGGAGGGAAAUAUUCUGAGCUGCACCCAAUCAGAUUCUGGCAAACUCAACUUCUUCAUCCAGACGGUUCGACCAAAAGACACGGUGAUGUGUUACCGUGUUCGCUGGGAGGAGCUCCAAAGUAAGCGCUUGGUGGAGCACGCCAUGGCCUACAAUGAUUCUCACUGGUACGGAGGAGCGGAGACGGCAACUCAGUACUGGCCUAUCAGGAUGCAGGGCGAGAAGGAACCGCAUCCUUUCAUCACCAGUGAUGUCUACUCAAAUCGGGAUGCUUUUGGGGGAAUCUUAGAACGCUAUUGGCUGUCUUCAAAUGCGACCGCCAUCAAGAUUAAUGACUCGGUACCGUUUCAUUUGGGCUGGUCAGAGAAGGACAGGACACUCAGGUUUCAGGCCCGUUAUGAGGACUCUCCCUUCAGGCCACCAGAGGGUCAGCAGGCGUUCCCUGAACUCAGCUAUAGAGUGUGUGUGGGGUCAGAUGUUACCUCUAUUCACAAAUACAUGGUGCGUCGGUAUUUCCCAAAGCCUAUCAAGGUCCCGUCUCCUGAGGUGUUCAAACAACCGUUGUGGUCCACAUGGGCUCUCCAUAAAACUGCUAUAACUCAAGAGAAGCUGCUGCGCUAUGCCUCUGACAUCACCAAGCAUGGCUUCACAUGCUCCCAUCUGGAGCUGGACGACCGCUACACAGCUGACUAUGGAGAGUUUGACUUUGACCCGCAGAAGUUCCCCAAUGCCAGUGGUAUGUUUGACAAACUCAGAGAGGACGGCUUUCAGGUGUCGCUCUGGACACAUCCCUUUAUCAACUACGACUCCAUUAAUUUCGGUGUUGCUGUGGAGAGAGGGCUGUUUGUUCGGGAGCCGAAUGGUGAGCUGCCUGCUCUGGUUCGCUGGUGGAACGGCAUUGGAGGAAUCCUGGACUUCACCAACCCAGAAACCCGUGAGUGGUAUUCCUCACAUCUGCAAGCGAUCAAAGACCGCUAUGACGUUACGUCCUUCAAGUUCGAUGCAGGAGAGACGAGCUACCUCCCACGCCAGUUUAGCACCCUGGUCCCACUGUCUGACCCCUCCACCUUCACCCGCCGCUACACGGAGAUGGCCAUCCCGUUCAGCGAGCGUGCGGAGGUGAGGGUAGGUUACCAGAGUCAGGACAUCUCCUGCUUCUCCAGGAUCAUUGACAGAGACUCUGUUUGGGGUUAUGAGCUCGGCCUCAAGUCCAUCAUCCCGACUGUUCUGACGAUUAGCAUUCUGGGCUACCAGUUUGUCUUACCUGACAUGAUCGGAGGGAACGCAUACCCCAACCGCACUGCAGGUGGGUCAGAUGGCAAAAAUGUUCUGCCGGACAGAGAGCUGUACAUCCGAUGGUUGGAGCUGUCUGCUUUCAUGCCUGCCAUGCAGUUCUCUAUACCACCAUGGGCCUAUGACGAUGAGGUGGUACAGAUAGCGCAGAAGUUCACAGCGCUCCAUGAGACUCUGGUGGCCCCGAGGGUUCUCGAACUGGCCGGCGAGGUUCUUGAUACAGGAGAUCCAAUCAUAAGACCCCUGUGGUGGAUCGCCAAUGACGACGAGGCAGCUUAUAAGAUCGACUCCCAGUUCCUGAUUGGGGACGACCUGAUGGUGGCUCCGGUGUUGGAGCCAGGGAAGCAGGAGAGGGACAUCUAUCUGCCUGCGGGACGAUGGAGAAGCUACAAAGGGGAACAUUUUGAUAAAGGCCCCAUGUAUCUCACCGAUUACCCGGUGGACCUGGACGACAUAGCUUUCUUUACAUGGGUUCACUGAAGACUUAAAGGACACUUGCACACACAUACUGUUUGCACAUUCUUGUGAGCACACAUGACAAGAAACAGCAGGAAAUGUUUGAUUUUAAAGGGAAAUGACCACUAGGGGAUCUGCUGCUACAGCAGAGUGUGAUUUUUGGUGAAGAUGAACCUCAUGUCUCCUCUGACCUGCUCUUUCUUUGGACUUCUGCAGAUUAUUAUCAACCCAAACAAUUAGAGUGAAUUCACUUCUAAUUCUCCUGCUCCAUCCUUAAGCCGAUCCUCAUCCUCAUGUGCCUUCCACAGCCAAUAGUAAAACCGAUCUCAGAUUGUAUCGUCAUCACAGUCUUCCACCUAAUAGACAUCUGGAUGGCAAUAUUUUCCUCAAAGCCCACACAGUAAAUGUUUUUGGUUUUUAGGAUGAUGAAGGGUAGAUGACAUAAUAAGUGUCUUUUUUGUGGCUUGAUUGGACACUGAAUUGGCAAUAAAUCUGCACUCUGAGUCUGACAUUUGCACUCCUGCUCAGAGGUCAUGCUAAUGUCACCAUUGCAACUGGUGUUUUAUGGAAACCAUUCUCAGCUACCUAUGUUCAAUCCAAUAUGCAUUGAUUAACAUUGCACUGACAACAUGUGACUAAUUUUUCAGAAACUUUCUCAAUAUUUAUUCAUGUUUUACUUUUAAUGUGUUAAUAUAUGAGUGUAAAUACAGUAAAUCACACAACUGGGUUUAAAUUUGGGGGUACUUUUUAUGAUCAACAGACUUUAAAUAUUUUUAUUUCUACAGUCCUUCACCUUUUGUGCUAUUCUGUCAUUUCUGUGCCAAAAUCUACUGUUUUUGUCAUGAAAUUCACAGCUCAGGGUAGAUAUAAAAAUGAAAAAAAAAGCAUUUAUGUUAAAUUUAAUUGUGUUGAUCCACAACAAGAACUAGAUUUAUUACACCAAUGCUACAGGUUUGCCUUGUGAAACAGUUAUUGUUCUCAAAGAUGCCAUAUUCUAAUGUGCCGUCCAUGUCUGCCUUUUGCCUUUAUUUGCCUUAUCAGCUGACUAAGCUAUGCCAUCCUCAGCUGAGAGAACUAUUACAGCGUUUUAACACCUCUGCACACAGUGAAAUAUGCUUGAUGCUUUGCACCUUUACAUUUAAAAGUACUGACAUUAAAAAGUAUGUGAGGAUCUGCCGUUCUGAAAACGUUUUUCUGCUUUUACACUGAUUUCUGGCAUGAAAGUAAAGCACACCACUGGUUAAGUUAACUAGAUGCCUUGCUUGAAAAUAACUGUACUAUAUAUAAACUAGCGUCAGCACUGUUUGAAAUGUUUCAGUCUCUAUAUGUAGAAUUGUUAUGGAAUUAGAGUACCUUUUAAAUUAUUCUGGUGGAUUUUGUUUGAUGAAAAAUGAAACAGUUCCUGUUAAUUGGAAGUCCUUGUUUUGCUUUCUUGUAUUCUUGAUACUACCACUAGAUGGUGCCAACAUCCAAAAUGUUCAAAUCCUACACACUGGCGAAUCAGACAGACACAUUUCUUAACAUAAUUAUAAUAAAUGCAUAAUUUGUAAAAAUGCUCACAUGAUUUUGUGACAAACAUGUAUGUAAAUGUAGAUUAAUUGCUGUGAGAAACAGUGAUGGAUACAUUUAAAGGGAUUUUGUUAAAACACUGAACAAAUGAACUGUGGAGAUUUUUGGUGAAAUUCCUUUGGGUGUUUCCACUGUGACACAACAGAGUUUGAAAUGUUGAAGGGAAGUGUUUCUUAACUGUAUGAUUGCCAAUGUUAACAGUCUUUGUAUUGCAGUGAAUAAAUACUACCUGAAUUACAUAGGUAAAAACUGCCAAAGAAAACUAGUGGUUGUUGCAUUUUCUUUACAGAUACAUGUUUGUUGUAGUGUAAAAACUUCAUAUCCAUAUGCAUGAAGUAAGUAAACAUAAUAAUGUAAUUCUUACAAUUUAAAACAUGGACAUAAACACCAAAAUCAAAUGUUUGCAUAUGACAAUAAUAAUGCUUAAUUUGACCCUUUUUAUGCUCUUUAUUGUUAGUCUUCCCUGCACAUCUUGUCUUGUUUGCUCUACCCUAGUGUUUCCAGCCAAGCCUUCAUUUAUCAGCCAAUCCCGGUGUGUCCCUCCUGUUCCUGUAACCACUUGCCUCAGCUGUGUGCCAUUGUCUUAAUUAGUUCCCCAUGUACAUACACCUCUGUGUUUCAGCUUGUCUGCUGUUCCUUGCUGUGUCCUGCCCUGUUUACCCUGCUGUCGCCCUCGCUGUGAUUUGUAUUCUGAUGUCAUCCUGCCCAGUAAUCCUCCCUGCUCUUUCCACUGUGUUUUGCUCCUGACGUCUUGUGAUCCUAGUUUGUUUUCAGUUUGAUUUUUUAAAUUCCUAUUUUAUUUGCACUUUGUUUUUGGUCACCUGUAUUCUUUUCUGUAUAUCAUCAUCAGCAUUAAACACUCGCUUUUUGUUUGCGCUCCCA